AACUUUGUUAGCUCAUCGUGUAGCGCAAAGUGAUUAACCAUUUUUCUACAUUCAAUGCAGAGCUUGCUAGGGUUUCGUCCUCCUCAAUUCUCCGAGGAGGCUGCUUGGCUUCCGGGUUGGCUUCAGCAACAAGAUGUUGAAACCAAAUCAUCUUACGAUGGUACAAAUAUUGGGAAUUCAUUUUCUCAGGAAUUUCUCCAGCAACAUAAUGCAGUGGCGUCCCAUCAACAAUCAACUCAAGAAGAUGGGUAUAAGAGUUGCCAUCUAUUCUUAUCCGGUGAUGAUAGUUCACCACUCAGUUUGGUUCAACCGAUUAACAAUGUGGUUCAAUUUCAUCUUCAUCUGUCAUUGGGUUGUAGCUCAGAGAAUCUUCCAACUACACUUGAAGAUAUAUCUGAAGCAGAAAGGAUCAAGUCCAGUCAUGCUCUGUCAGUUCAGUGUGUUCAAAUCCCAAUUGUCACUGAAGGGAGUGCUAAGGAAUUGAAAGUAGACAACUUUACCGCAUUAGGAAAAGGAUGUAAUAAUGUGAACAAAGGAGAAGGGCAUGAGAGAAAUGCCUGCUUACAUGAAGUCAAUCACAUGGAUAAUGCAAUUGAGUUGUCGAUUGCUGCAUCUGAAGCACUGGUUAUUCAUGAGGUGUUCAAGGAUGAACUGUUUUCAAAAAGAUUUCCGGCUUCAACUGUGUUAGAAGCUGCACUACAGGUGAAACAAGCACGGCUUGAAGCUUGGAAAGAGAGUCAUGAAAGCUGCAAUUGUGCCACUGAGGAGAUACCCGAAAUUGAUUGUCUAUCAGAAUCUGAAGAUUUGAGAAUGGAAGAUGCAUUCCAUGAUGUGGGGUUAUCUGCUAGUGACUCUGCUGAUUUGCAUUUCCAUGACUUUAGUCUGUCUCACGUUAAAGAUACUCUUGCUUCACAAACUCAAAGUUGUAGUGGCAAAUUGGAAAAGGAAGGAGCAGUUCUUCAUGGGAUAGACAUUCUUCAGCCAGGAGAUAGUUUUACCAAGCUAAACUUAAAUGAUAUUGAGAGUGAGUCCCAGUUGAAAGUGGACGAAAGGUUUGGAUCUCUUAGUGAUGACGGGCAGAGAAUACCAACAAGGGAUCCAUAUUUGGUUGCAGAUAUCAUCCCUGUGGAACGUGAGAGUGAUCACAUGUCAGACUGUUUGAAGAAAGUCAAUUUUCCUGUCUUGGAAGGAAAAUCAUUUCAAGCAUCUAUUGGUUCUCCCAGUGUUAAGAACAUUAAUGUUGUAGGAGAAAGUGAAGAUUUACCAAAAGUAUUUCCCAAUAGAUUCGAAAGUCGUUGGUUUGGUGGUUGGACUUGUUUGAAGAAUGAAGUACGUUUGUUUGAUCAAGUCAAAUGCAAUGCUAUCAAAAGUAUUCCCGAACCUUUUGUUGGCGAGACAAGUUAUUUCUCAGAAUCAGCUGACAUAGCUCCAGAUAUGAGUUCCUUUGUCACACGAAAACAGGAUGAAAGGGUCAUCAUUGCUUCUCAAUUGAGUAUACCUUCUGAGGAUUUAUGUAACAAAGGAAAGGAGAUGACACUGCUCUCUCAGGAUAUUGUGGCAUCUUCAGAUCUGUCCUUAGAUGAUACCCUCUGUUCUGUUGUUCCGUGCAGUAUAUCAUCUGACCAUCUGUCUUCUCCUUCAGCUGUAUACAAUAAUGUAAGGGAUGAAAAACAACAAAGCUUUGGUCCCACAACUGAAUGUGCUACGAACUUGCGGAAAAAUUCGGUUCUUGAUAAUCAGGUGGUUCAUGGGAAACAAGUUACCACUCCGAAGAUUAAUAGAGAAGGGAUGCAUGUCCCAGUUCGCCGAGAAGUAACCUCUCUAAGAACUUAUAGUGUACUCUCUGGCAAUGGGAUAUCCUCAGAGAAAGGAUAUUGUUUAAAUACAUCGUUCUCAUUGGGAAGAAAUGAUGCAUCGAUGCUAAUGCCAGUAGGUCAAAUGACAAACGAAAAAGGAAAUUGCGAUGAUAUUCCAACAGACGGGAAUGAAGUCACAGUUUCUAUGCCCAAGAACACAAGCUCACCCCUUAUAUUGAACCCUGGACCACGCCGUCGAUUCCAAGCUUCAAAAUCAUUUCAACAUGAUUUUGGAACAGAAAAAGAUAGAAAGCAAACAACAGAAGAUCAAGCUGCUAUACAGUGUCCAAAAAGAAAGCGUGUUCACUUUUCAGAAACUGAAACUGAGAUUCAACGGGGGAAGGAGCCUAAAAAGUCACUCGUUGCACUAAAAUCUUGUCAUACUCCCAAAACUGCUAGAAAUUUGAGACCUCCAACUUCACAUUUAGAGUCGAGAACUCAAGAACUCAAGAAACGUCUAAUAAAUUCUAGUGCUAGAGUUGGAAGAAGAUUGAUGCUCGGAAAUAUGGAAUUCUUAGUCACAGGAUUUUCUAGGAAGCGAGAGAAGAAACUUGAAGACUUAAUCAAGAAACAUGGUGGCACAGUUCUCUCUGAUAUUCCCGCUCCAACUAAUAGGGGGAAGAGAUGCAAGGGAUUUCAAUCCCAGGCAGUUCCUGUUGUUCUUUGUUCAAAGAAGCUGCAAACAAUCAAAUUCUUGUAUGGACGUGCAGUAGAUGCCUUCAUGCUUAAAGCUAAAUGGCUUACUGAUUCAAUUAGUGAAGGCUGCAUUUUACCACCUGAAAAGUACAUGGUUGUUAAAAAAUGUGUUGGCAAAAGGUUUAUUGCUGUUGGAAGUUCAGUCGAAAGCAAUAGUCAUAGCCCUAUCUUUGACAAUCUAGGCAUCAUGCUUCACGGCGAAAAGAAUUUCUGCACCGACAUGGCCAAAAUAAUCAAGCAUGGUGGUGGGCAAGUUUUCAAAACGCUUCUCGAGUUGGUUCAAAAUUGUGACAGUGAGAAGAUUGCAACGGGAAUCAUUGUUACUGAGAAUGAGCGUAGAGCAUCACGUCACCUGAAACAUUGCGCCUCGGAAGGGAACAUACCAAUUAUGUCAGCUUACUGGAUCAUAAGGAGUUUACAGUUGGGAAAACUCCUUCCCUUGAAGGAGAAGACAAAAACCUGCAAGUUACCUACUCUCGUGCUUCCAGAAUAUCGUGAUACCAUGGGUUUAAGUCAAGAAAUAUAAAUGCUCUUCUUUGUGGCCGUGUAUGUGCGCUUGUGACAAAAGUUGCUUAGUAUAACCCCUAUGAGGAGAAUCUCAAGAGGUUACUUCUUUUCUUGACAUAUGAACCCAGGUUCACUAGGGGAGCUAAGUAGGUUGCUGAUGUGUAGCAGCACAUUGUUUGCUCAUUUAUUUACUUCUAAAGACAGGAAUUCUUUUUCAUCUCCCCUGUCAAAGUCGACAUCUUAACCUGACUUCCUGAGCUCAGUUGAUUCUCAAGGUGUACAUAAUUUAUCAGGAGGAUGCUGGUAAAUAGAUGCACGAUAGUUUUGACAACAUUCAUUUAGGCUGAUGGGUUGAGUAGGCACACUACAAGAACAGUGAUCAAUGCUCAAGGUGGAUAUAUUUAUCCUAGCUUCUUUGGCGCAUGAUCAAAGUAUUAUAUACAAAUAACUACUUUGCUCUGAAGAAAGCAAGAAGUUAACAAGGUGUAGUGGACUGGGUUAUAAUCAUGGGUGAAGUGAUAUGUUGUAUAUUGUAUGCUGAUGGAUGAAUCAAAUUUGUUAUCUGAUGCUGUAUGUUACAAGUCAUCAUCUAUUUCUACUGUAAGAAGCCUGUAAUAUAUCGUUUAAUAUGUUGUUU